AUGCCUUUGGUGGAAGACUUCCCACGUAAUUACAGGUUCAUAAAAAACCUAGGGAAAGGCGGGGAAGGCCAGGUGCAGGAGUUCGCCCAAAAGCGCACUGGCACGCUGGUUGCCGUGAAGGUUAUCAAGCGGAGACGAGGCGGUCGGCCGCGCGAAGUUGGAUUCCUGAGUAAGCUCCCCGAGAACGACUAUAUCAUCAGAUAUCUGGGAUAUUUCGACGGAUGGCCAGAUUGGGACUACUACACGAUCGUCCUUGAGCAUUGCCCGGGUGGCGACCUAUACCAGUUUUAUAAGAAGUGCACAGCGUCAAACGAUCAGGCUGUCUUCUCUGAGGCGUUCAUGUGGACCGUUUUCAGUCAGGUGGCAAAGGCACUUGCGUUCAUCCACGAAGGUGUAGGGUGUAGGAACCCGCGCGACGCAGAAAAAUGGCGAUCACUAAUACACUGCGAUAUCAGACUGGAAAACAUCCUGAUCAAAAGUCUGGGGACAAAUAGCACUUACUCGUCGAUAGUCAUCAAGUUAGCGGACUUCGGUCUCGCAGGGUACUAUGAUCCGAGAGCUACAGGUCCUAACCACCUAGGAACGCCUGCAUACUGGGCGCCAGAAUUGGACUGGGAGAGAUUACUGUAUACGCCAGCAAAUGAUGUCUGGGCUAUCGGAGCGGUGAUGCACCAUCUUGCUCACGGCUUCUUACCGAUUGAGGAUCCCUGGACCACCAUAAAAAGGUGGGAGAAAUGGAAUGCAGGGCAGCCGUAUCCAAGUAACUGGCCCAUCAAGAAUGAAGAAUCCUGGUGGUGUGCAUACGCGAAGCGUGAGGUCGUACCCAUCAACCUCGAGCCCGGGAGUCACACGGAGGACUGGCGGAGGAAACGACCAACGCCAAAGUAUUCGAACGCACUGAAUGAUUGCUUAAGCCUGGCGCUGAAAAUACACGCUUAUGAUCGGCCAGAAGCUGGCAAGCUUGCGCGACAUAUCGAGUCGACACGAACGGAUGUCUUGGUCAAAGCUCGAGCAGGUCAAGCUACCAAUGAUAGUGAGAACAUGGAACUAGUGACGGGGCGUGGCAUCUCCACGUUCAGGGGGCAUCCAAAGGGAGAUGGUUUGCGUCAAAGAAUGACGUGA